GAAAUUAUGAAAAGGAAGAUGUAAUAAAUUAUUAUAAUUUCUGCAUUAAUUAAAGGGGCUAUAAAACCGAUUGAACAUCGUAAAUUUUAGUCAUUAAAGGAGACAGUCAUGAUUACGUACACAUUCUAUUUUCUAGUAAUUCUGUUAGCUUGCGUUGCUAGCGGGCAGCUUUCGACUAACGAAGUACAGAACGAUGGUAGAAUGAUGAAGUCGACUAUGGGCCGGGUAUGUUAUAAACGAGGAUGUCCUGGACCUCCAGGACCAACCGGACGACGAGGUUUGCCAGGGUACAGAGGGAAUAAAGGUAUUGACGGUGAUCAAGGUGUUCGUGGCAUGAGGGGGCCUAGGGGUCCUGAUGGUAAUACUGGUGAAAGGGGUCAACCCGGACGACCAGGACCAGCCGGUCCCACUGGAUUGCGUGGUAGACCUGGAUACUCAGGUGCACCUGGGCCAAGAGGCCGCAGGGGAAGACCAGGUCAAACAGGACGAACUGGACCGUCAGGAGGUCCUGACACAGAUAAUGAGCAAACAACAACAACACGUAGACCGACCACUACUUCAACAACACCGGCAUCAACAACAACAUCAACAACUACAGAGGAUCCUCUUAUUGAUUUUAUUAAUACAGAUGCGAUUAAGAGGUUCUCUAUUUUUAUAGCUUAUGUUGCCACAGAAGAGCUUUCGGGGUCCGAAGAACAGAUUGAAGGCAGAAUGAUGUAUGGCGGAGUGGGAAGAGUUUGCUUUAAGCGAGGAUGUCCUGGACCACCAGGACCAACAGGUGCACAAGGUUUGCCAGGAAACAGAGGUCUUAAAGGUCCUGAUGGGGAUCAGGGAGUUCGUGGUAUGAGGGGACCUAAGGGACCCGUUGGUAAAACUGGUCGAAAAGGUGAAACUGGGGAGCCAGGACCAGAAGGUCCCAAUGGCCUGCGAGGUAGACCUGGAUAUACAGGUCAACCUGGGCCAAUGGGCUAUAGUGGAACACCAGGUCAAAUUGGUCGACCUGGACCACAGGGCCUCGCUGCAACUUCAACACCAAUGACAACAGAUGAUGACAACAGUGAAGAAAUUACACCCCAGUCUUCAGAAACAACACAAUCUACAACACCUAGAACAACACCUUCCACAACGCCCUUAACAACACCCUCCACAACAUCUACUACAACAUCAAGGACAACGACACGUAAAACAAAAAAACCAAAAACAAAGCCACCAAGAAUUUCCUUGUCAGAAGACAUUGAUGAACCAGAACUAUUAGAAUCAAACGAGCUCAUAAAAUUGGAACCAACAAACACCAAUCCAAUGAAUAUCAAUAACAGAAUAGAUGACUCAACCGUAACAUCACCAAAUCCAACGGCAACCACUCCAUCAAUAGACAAUAAUCCACCAACAACACCUUCAACACCAAUUACAACAGACAUUGAUAGUUAUGAUGAAAUUACAACUCAGUCUUUAGGAACAUUCGAAGCAAUAGAAUCUACGGUAACCACUACAACACCAACAACAACAACACAAUCUACAGCAAGUACAACAAGAUCUUCUACAAUACACUCAUCAACACCUUCUACAACUUCCUCAACAACAUCAUCUCCACCAAUUACAACAAAUGAUUCUCUGGAUCCAAUCGAUGAAAUUACACCCAAAACUACCACACAGAAGCCAUCUCCAACUUCAACAACUACUGCAAACACCUCUUCCCAAAAAGCAACUACACCAGGUCCAACGGCUACCAAUCUUUUAGAACCUAAUACUUCCGUCACAACAGCAUCAAAUGAUAUGAAAGGAAGCACAUCAACACCAACGGUAAUUCCACCUACAAUCCAAUCUUCAACGGAUCCAACAAACUUUUCUUCUUCACCAACUACAACGAAUGACUCUCUGGCUUCUAUUGAUAAUGAACAAAGUACACCAACACCAACAAUAGCAACUCCACCUAUAACCACAUCGUCAAAAGAUCCAUCAACCUCCUCUUCUUUACCCGAAACAACUUCAACACCAACUACGACGGAUAAGGAUAUAGAUUCAAAUGAUAUAAAAGGAAGCACACCAACGACACAAACUCCAUCUUCAACCGUUUUGUCAACAGACCCCACAAAAACUUCGUCUUCACAAACUCCUUCAAAUGAUUCUUUGGUUUCAAAUGAUAAUGAAGGAAACACACCAAUACCAACACCAGCAGCAACUCCUUCUUCAACCGCACCUUCAGCAGAACCAAUAAACUUCUCGUCUCUCGAUAUUGAAAGAAGCCCACCAACAACUCCAUCUUCAACAACAUUACCAACUGAUUUAAAUAACUCUUCUUCUUCACCCACAAACAUUUCUACAACAACUAUGAUGAAUGAUUCCUUGGCUUCAAAUGAAAUUGAUGGAAGUCAAUCAACACCAACAACUUCAACGGCAACGUCAACGUCAACGACAACUCCACCAUCAGGCACACCAUCAACAAAUUCAACAAAUUCUUCUUCUUCAACCACAACAUCUUCAACGCCCACUACGACGAAUGAUGCCUCAGAUAAAAAUGGUAUUGGAGAAACUACGCCAACUCUAUCUUCAAACAUUUCGCCAACAGAUCCAACAAAAAUGUCUUCUUCACAAACUCCUUCAAAUGAUCCCUUGGUCUCAAAUGAUGUUGAAAGAAGCACACCAACACCAACGGUGUCGACAUCUUCAACUACAUUGUCAACAGAUGAAAUAAAUUCCUCUUUUUCACCCACAACAACUUCAACAAGCACUACAACUAAUAACGCAUUGGCUUCAAAUGAUAUGAAAGAAAGCACACCAACAACACCAACGGAAAUUCCAUCCACAAACUCAAACACAUUGUUAACGGAUUCAGCAGACUUUUCUUCUUCAUCCACAACAACUUCAAUACCAACUACGACUAAUGAUUCAUUAGUUUCAAAUGAUAUCAACGUAAGCACAUCAAAAACUGAAUCUUCAACCACAUUGUCAACGGAUCCAACCAACAUUUCUUCUUUACCAACUAUUACGAAUGACUCUCUAUUUUCAAUUGAUAAUAAUGAAAGUACAUCAACAUCUUCAACAGCACACUCUACAACAGCUUCUUCUUCAACAUCUUAA